AUUGUGUACAAUAUUGAUAUUGUAUAGAAACGGCGCGCGGGGUAGACAACAGACCUGCCGACAUGGUGUGCGACAAGUGUCAGAAGAAGCUCGGCAAGGUGAUCACGCCAGACGUGUGGAAGUCGGGCGCACGGAACACCACAGAGGGCGGCGGCCGAAAGGUGGGCGAAAACAAGGCGCUCACCUCCAACAAGAACCGCUUCAGUCCGUACUCGAGCGGCUCGUUCACCGCGUGUCGCAUCUGCCGCACCAAGGUGCACCAGGUGGGCUCACACUACUGCCAGGCGUGCGCCUACAAGAAGGGCAUCUGCGCCAUGUGCGGUAAGAAGCUGCUCGACACGAAAAACUACAAACAGAGCUCAGUGUGAGCGGUGAUGUGGACUGGUGAUUGCAGGGUCGUGCGUUGGACAGAUGAUGUGGUUUCAAUAUGUGGUGUGCGACGUGCUUGUUUCUGUCGGAAUAUGAAGUGAGAGAUCGAGUAAUGACAGAGUGACAGAAGAUAAUGCGGUGUGACUGGCAGACGUCGUGUAAAGCCGUGACUUUUUAUGGGACAACUGAUCAAGUGGGUUUGUGUCAGAUUCAGUUGUUAUGUUUACAUACGGUGUGAAUUGUCGCUGAGUGACGCAGCAGUUGUCCCGUGUACCUGUCUUGUUUCUGUCUCAUCGUGCAGACUUUAACAAAGGAUGAAGCCGGUCAGGCGUGCGGCGCUCACCAGUUGUUGAAUAAUGUGGACAUUGUACUGUGACGUGGCCAUUUUUGCUCGUCACCACAAGAUCGUGUUUUCUAUGCCUCUGAGAAGCAAAGGUAGACGCUGCUUCCAACUCGACGCUUGCUAUCAUUCGCUACUUUUGCAAUUCAUUUGUACUUCUCCGAGUAUUCACUGGUGCACUUCUUCCCUCGGAAGUAUUUAAGUCCGUGGGUUUAACAAUGCAGAUACAGGGUGUCUCAAAAGUUCGUUCACAGGUACCAGCCAUGCUUUUUUGUCAAUAAUUCUGAAUCAACAAUUAAUUAACGGUCGAAAUUUUGCAUGGGCAUUCGCAACAACCUUCCUCAAGCAGUCUCAUUGUUUUCAAGCGCAUUCGACCCUUCAUGAGCUCACAAAAAGGGUUCAUCUCUGACCAUGGGUCAGGCAUGAAAAUGGAGGUCGCAAAAUCGGGUCGGCUGAGAAACUCUCUAUUUCAGGAGUAAUGGGAAUGGUUAAGUCGGAAAUGACCCAUGGCAAACUGUCGGCGAGGAUGAGUACAACAUGAUGAUCAUCUAAUAAAAACGAUGGCUAAAAUUUUUGAAGGACAAAACCAUGCGAGACUAACAGCGUUUUGAACGACCCUCGUACGGCAGCAGACUCGUGCUCCGGAAAGCAGCUUAAAAUGAAGUCAUAACUAUUGAAAACUGACAAGAAGCUCACAGACAGAGGUUACCCAGUUUAAAAAAUUGCAGGUCAUCGUAAAAUAAAGACAAAGUAUCAUUUUAAAUUGUUUAUUAUAUCUAUAACGCUAAAUUUUGGGGGGAAAUAACACGAAAAUCGUCAAUGCCAAGGACAACUGACCCUCCAAAAGUGUCAAUUAAUGUAAAUUUUUAUCUUACGAAGUUUCAAGAGGCAGAUCUGGAGCGAAUAGCGUUCUUUUAGACACAAAAUCCCGACAAAACCGCACGAUGGACAGGUUUUGGCCGUUUACAAAGCAGAACCUCUCCUGAGGAAAACACCCCGCAACCCAGUGAAGGUCUUGUCAUGGGGAAUGAUGAGCGUUUGGGAUUUGCAAAAUUUGCACAACGUGUCAAAGAAACAGAUGGCCGACACAUUCUUCUACGAUAUGCUGCGAAAAAUUUGCCCCUGGCACUUCCAAUUUGUUCAGGAAUGGGGUUGUUUUGAAAAGGAAAAUGGUGCUUGGGAGGUCGGCGCCAGUCAUUCAUGAAGGAGUUAGCGCCAGAGAAGACCUACAAAAUGCUCACGGAUGGUGUCGAUGCAAGCUGUCGGCUUUCAGGGACAAGCGGAUGUUGCCGGGGAGCUCGUCAAACCUAAAUCCGACGCAGAAACUGCAGAGGAUUCCCCUACAAGAGCUUGAAAGCUGGUAACCUUUAAUCAGCCUCCGGCAGCUGACGGAGCGACGAAAAUCGGUAUGAACAAAUAUUUUUGGAGAUACAGCAAAUAGUUUGAUUUCCAACCUUCCGAAUCAGUUGUUAAAGCAUGCAUAUUUGUCUAGUGUGCACACAGACACCAAAACCUUAGAUUUUUGGCCGGUUCUUAUAUGCUUUUUGGGCAUGGGAAAUGUGUGAACGAACUUUUGAGACACCCUGUAGACAAGACCUGUGUCAAUAAAGAUCUCUGUGAACUA